UCUCACAAGUCCUUUAUAUCAGCCAACCCUCCUCUCAUUAUAUAUUAUAUAUAUAUAUAUAUAAAUAUAUACAGACACAGACUCAUCCAUCCAUUGUAGACGUUAAAACCCCUCUACAUUUUCAUGGUCUUGUGAUCAGAGCAGGGAGUAUUUGAAAUGAGUACGCGGGAGUCGAAGAGUCCAGUAACAUAUGCAAGAAGCUCUAGGCGCAGCAGGAAGAGGCCUCUGGAAGUGGAUCUUAAUGUUCCACCACCUAUCGAGAACCGGGAGCAGGGAGAGAUAGGAGCCGGCAUGGAGGCUGAUGUUGGUUCAAGUGUACAACAAAGGAGCUCAGUACCACCUCCACCAAUUGACCUUGAAGCAUUAGACGAUGAUGUUAUUAUAUCAUCCCCUAGGGCAUUUGCUGAAGCAAAAAACAAAGCUGGAAGGCCUCGUGGAAGAGCGAUUCGAGUUGACGUGGAUUUGAGUGUUUCAGAUGGGACAUCUUCUAGGGAUGCUCGUAGCAAACGUGGAAGAGGUUCUGUCAACCAAACAGUUAUCAAUGGAGAUCUUUUUAUAAAUCUGGAAGGAAAUGGCAAUCCAAUGAGAGAAAAUGUGCGUCCCUCUGUGCCUCCACCUCCCCCGCCGCCUAAGGAACUAGUAUUUACGUGUCCAAUUUGCAUGGGCCCAAUAGUCGAGGAAAUGACAACAAAGUGCGGCCAUAUCUUCUGUAAGAAUUGUAUCAAGGCUGCGGUAGCUGUUCAGAGCAAAUGUCCUACUUGUAGGAAGAAGAUUAGCAUGAAAGACACCCAUAGAAUUUACCUUCCUAGGUCUAAUUAAGUAAUAGUCAUACUCAACAGUCUGGUGGUGGUUGUCUGUUUACCAAAUGAUUACCGGUUGACAAUAGUUGUCCAAGACUUUGUGUUCUUCUUUAAUGAUUUAAUGAUACAAAUCUUGGAUUAUGG